AUGCCAGGAGGGUGGGACUCGGGGCUGUCUGGGACGGGCGGAUCGGGGCCAUCUGGGAGAGAUAAUGCCUCAAGGGCCCCAGGUCUCCGUGAGUCUUCUCCUACUUGUGCGGGCACUUCCACCUGGGCUGCAGACAAUGCGCUGGAAGACGACUCUGGCAUAUUCUUCGACGACGACGAGGACACCGGCCAGGACCCACCCGAACCAACUGGUGCUCGGCGACCCCCCUCUCCUGUGCACAACUCGAGUCCUGUUCGCGAUGAGUUCGGUCAUCAUCCGGCUAGCGCAGCUUGGGCAUUCUCUCGGUCUCCAAGUCCUCAACCUGACGGCCCUGCUGAACUUGCUGGCUACCAGUCUGAUGGUGGUGUCUCGUACCUCGACCCUCGUUCGCGUUCCCCUAGUCCGUCUCCUGAGCCGGACGCACCUGGGCGUUCUCCUAGUCCUGCUCCAAGCGGUGGUGCUGCGGCUGCGGCUGCUGAUGACGACGACGAUGCAGAUGAUGACGACGGCCUGGAGAUUUCUGAGGACCCGCUGUUUGUGGACAUCGAGACACUCUUUGAUCAACUCCUGGAAGACGAGGCCGCCGACUCUCUGGACACUCUCCGUACGACAUACAGCUAUCACAGCGGCCGCCCCCGUGCUAUGUUUGAGCACCCCCUCGUACGCAAUGCUUACUUGCACGUCUAUCUCGCGUCCGCGGUCCACGGGGCCACCAAGGAGCUAUGCAAAACCAUGCUUGACGGCUACUAUGCCACACUGGCAGCCCUUCCGGAGACGGCCGGGUUCGAGGUCCCAGACCUCCAGAGCAUGGCGCGAACCCUUCGCACUGUCGAGCGACGUCUCGGCGUCGAUCCUGACCGAUACAUUACGUACUACUUCACCUGCAAUACAUGUUGGUCACACCAUCAUCCCCGCGACCUCUACUCUCUCGCAAGCAACCUGUGUUCUGAGCCGGACUGUCCCGGCACACUAUUCAACUACAAGACCACUGCGGACGGCAAAAUCAAACGCAUCCCCGUGAAAGUGAUCCCGACUACGGCACUCAUUGACUCCAUCGCUCGGAUGGCAGCGCGCCCAGGAAAACUCGAAGAUUGGAAUAAGUGGCGCGGGGACGCUGACCAGCCCAAGCGCAUGCCGCCCGCUUCGUGUAAUGACUGGGAGGGCUGGGCGAACGCGGACUACCGGCUGUUUGAUAUGAUGGACGGCUGGGGUUGGCGCUGUAUCGCGGCGGGUCUGGAACGGCGACGCGGCGGAGAAUGGGGAGUUCACGAUGUGGACGUUGCGGAGGUUCAUCAGCGCUUCGUCUCGCUGCCCAACGGGCUGGUUCUCCAGAUCAACAUUGACUGGUUCCGCGCGAUGAAGCGCGGCGGAUACUCAGUUGGCGCGGUCUACAUUACGAUAUGCAACAAUCCACGCAGUGUCAGAUUUCGACGAGAAGAGACGCUGCUGUAUUGCGUCAUACCGGGCCCGACUGAGCCCACAACUGAACAUUUGAACAAGAUACUCGGUCCUCUACAUGCCGAGCUGCAUAAGCUAUACAACGGGAUCAUACUCCGUUCUGACGGCACUGGUGACGCCGACACCACCUUUGAGCCGAUUCAUGCGUUCCUCAACAACAUAUGCUGCGAUCUCCCGGCCUCACACAAAGCCAACGGCCUGCGCGGUCACACAAGUGAGACCUUCAUGUGCGACAUGUGCGAGGCGCCGUUCUCUUCUCUCGUCACCCCGGAGUGCUUUGAUACAGCUCGCUUCAAAUUGCGUAACGACUGGAGGUUCUUGAAGUAUGCGAAUCUGUGGCGCGACGCCGACGCCGACGACCAGGCACAAAUUUUUGAGAAGCGAGGAGUCCAGUGGUCCCUGUUUGAUGCUCUGCCUGACUGGCUCCCCGGGCGUGACUCGCCACCAGAUUUCAUGCACGGUGCGUACCUCGGCGAGGCGAAACAUGUCAUACAAAGUAUCCUCCAUAAGGGCGGAAUGUUUACGCAGAGGAACAAGAGAGACAAGCCGCUAGAGAAGUUCGAAGAGUACCUGCAAAACAUCGUGUGGCCGGCAUCCAUCACGCGGUUACCGGAUGGUCUGGUCUCCGGGGGUGCCGGCAAAGCGGAUCAAUGGCGCUCUUUUGCGCACGUACUCAUUCCCGGUCUCUACGCUGCUUGGCAGAUCAAGGGCAAGAUCCCGGACCAGAAUGCACCGCUUCCACGAUCAUCUACCAAGGCCGCAAAGGGACGUGUGCGCGUCGAGGAGCUCCUGAACAAGCGACGGCGCGCUAAUAUUGCGGCUAACCCCGAGACGACCAUUGCUGACAUGGAAGAACUUGCGCAGCUACGGAUGGACCGCAAUUAUCAACACCACUUCGACAACACAAUGGAAUGGGCCGUCGCGAUCCGGAUAUAUGGCUCCCAGUCCAUCACUGUGGAAGAGACCAUGCGCGCGGCGGACUGCCAUGAACGCGCGUGUCAGACAUGGGCGCGCAUGUUCUGCCAUCUAGUCCCUUACUUCCACAUACUCAUGCACCUGUGGCUGUGGAUACUGAUGCUCGGGCCUGUGUAUGGCUGGUGGACGUACCCGUAUGAACGCAACAACGGCUUUCUCACAAAGCUCCGACACAAUGGCCAUGUGGGUGGGGAAAUCGAGGCGACCAUGAUGCGAGGAUGGACGAAGGCCGUCCUGAUUCAUGAAUUGAUACAACACCUCGAGGCACUCGGCGAUCAGAAGGCCCAAAGCGACGCUGACAUGAUCAUCAAGUUAAAGGGCAUUCUCAAAGGCGAUAGCACGAAGGCGACCGCUCAACGCGGGACACUGCUCACACUCAUUGCGACCAUGAACGCCGAGAUAAGCUCCGGAACGGUUCAUCUCGCGCCGCACCCCCGGAUCGAAGAUCUGAGGUCUCUCGGGCUCUAUACGCUGAUGUAUCAUUACCUCCGGGACCUGUGGCAAGACACCGUGGAGCUCCUGCCCGAUACCGCCCCAGUUGGUCUUGACGGCGAGUGUUUUGUUGCCACUGCGGUCCAGUCACACUCGACUGUCAACAUCUCCGGCCUGCGUUACGGUGCUUCAUCGUCUCCGCAGGGAUCCAAGUCCCGCUAUGCCUAUAUGAACGGCCGGGUGCCUGUGCAAAUCACGCAUAUAUUCCAUAUCACCCAUUUGCGUAGCGAUCCGAACAUGCCACCCCUGGAGGUGACGUGUGCGGUUGUUCAGCCGUUCUGCGGGGACAACAUCCCCGAGAUGCCGUGGGCUUUGCGGGCGACCGAUCUCGGCAUCGGUACAUGGAAUCAUAAUGUCUUGAGAAACCAGACAGUUGUCGAUGUCCAUGAGUUCUCUGGACACUUUGCUCUGGGAACAAUUGAGCACCCACGCAAGAAACUCUGGGUGACGAUGUCACUUUGCCAUAAUACUCAGGAACCGGAUGUACCGGAAUAA